GGUGGGGGGCUGAAUAGGUGUGCGCCCAGUUUCAUACUGUACAUCCAUACGUAAUGUUUUUUUUUAUUUUUUUAACGACUUUCUCCCAUCGGCGGACAGUCGUAACUUGCACCUCGAGCACGUUGUUGUUUUCUUACACACCUUCGUGAAUUGGCGUACGUGCGCCCUAUUUUCAAAGAGCAAACGUAGCGGACGCACUGUGAAGAAUCGUGUUGGGGGGGGGUGCGAGGAAAAAAAAAAAAAAGAUGGCGACUCGUCAAGAAAGAUAGGAUGGCCUGAAGGGAGUGAUUGUGUUUAUCGGAAAAAAAUAUCUUGCCAACGACACAAUUGUUAUCAUUUUUUGGGGGGUUAAAUCGGGGUUAAAAAUGAAACGGACAUCUCGUGUCCGCAUUUUGAAUGCGUGCGUUCUCACAGAGUGGAAGACUUACAGGGUGAAGUGAAGCGGCAGGCUAAAGCUGGCAACUUUGCUUUUAGCAGGGUUAGCUCGCCGACGGCACCCCAAAAAAAACAAAAAACAAAAAGCACAGCCGGCCCUCGUUAGCUUAACCGACAACAGCAGCCGAGCGGCGGGCAGCGCGACAAGAGGAAGGAGCGGCGAGCAGCCCCCGUCGUCAGCCGGGCACGUCGAGGUGUCUUACGGGGUAAUGGAGGGAGAAGAGUUUAUAGCUCCUCCGGAGUGUCCAGUUUUUGAGCCGUCAUGGGAGGAGUUCCAGGAUCCUCUGGGCUACAUUGCCAAAAUACGUCCAAUUGCAGAGAAGUCUGGAAUCUGCAAAAUUCGCCCUCCGCCAGACUGGCAACCACCAUUUUCAGUGGAGCUGGACACAUUCCGAUUCACGCCGCGCAUCCAGAGGCUGAAUGAGUUGGAGGCGGAGACCAGAGUGAAGCUCAAUUAUUUGGACCGCAUUGCAAGGUUCUGGGAGAUUCAGGCUUCCUCCUUGAAGAUCCCGCACAUCGAAAGGCGUAUCCUUGAUCUUUUCGGUCUGUCAAAGGUCGUGUCCGACGAAGGCGGUUUUGAGAUGGUCUGCAAAGAACGACGUUGGGCCCGUGUGGCUCAGAGGCUUGGCUACCCUCCAGGCAAGAACAUCGGUUCUCUUCUGCGCUCGCACUACGAGAGGAUCGUCCACCCUUUUGAAAUGUUCCAGUCUGGUGCUAGCUUACCGCAUUGCAAGCCAAAGCACUACGACGGCGAGGAUGUGGAUAAGGAAUACAAGCCCCACUCCAUCCCCCUGCGUCAGUCUGUGCAGCCAUCCAAGAUGAGCAGUUACGGCCGUCGCGCAAACCGCUGCCAGCCAGAUCCUGAACCUACUGAGGAAGACAUUGAGAAGAACCCAGAGUUGAAGAAGUUGCAGAUCUAUGGCGCAGGGCCCAAGAUGAUGGGACUUGGACUGGUGGCGCGGGACCGAGGCUUUAGGAAGAAGGAUGAACUUCCUCAGACUGUGACCAUUAAGGACAGUACAGCAUCUUCUCCCGAUGUCACUUCUGUAAAUGGGGAGCCUCCUGUUCCCCUGGAGAGACAGAGCGACGGGCGCUCAGCCAGUCCCCAAAUCUCCCCCGUCAGCAUCACCGUCAAGACGGAGGUCAAAACGGAAAUCAAGACAGAAGUCAAAGCUGAAGGGAAGACUGAAGUGAAGAAGGAAGAAUUGGCUGAGCAUCUUCUUAAAGAAAGUCGUCAACAUCUUAAAGACGGUCCCUGCACGAAAAUGACCAUGAGGCUACGGCGCACCCUCAACAACAUGCAGAGUGUGGAUUCCUUUGUCUGUCGGAUGUGCGGCCGCGGAGAUGAUGACGACAAACUCUUGCUAUGCGACGGUUGUGACGACAACUACCACACGUUCUGCCUGCUGCCCCCGCUCACUGAUCCACCCAAAGGCAAUUGGCGAUGCCCGAAGUGUGUUGCAGAAGAGUGUAAGAAGCCUUCUGAAGCAUUUGGUUUCGAACAAGCAACCCGCGAGUACAGUUUGCAGAGUUUUGGGGAGAUGGCCGACGCAUUCAAAGCAGAUUACUUCAACAUGCCCGUCCACAUGGUUCCCACUGAGCUUGUGGAGAGAGAGUUCUGGAGGUUAGUUAGCAGCAUCGAGGAGGACGUCACCGUGGAGUACGGAGCAGACAUCCACUCCAAAGAGUUCGGCAGCGGCUUCCCAAUGAACAACGGCAAGAGGAUUCUGACAAAGGAGGAGGAGGACUACGCCCGCAGUGGCUGGAACCUGAACGUGAUGCCCGUGCUGGAACAGUCCCUCCUGUGCCACAUCAAUGGGGAUAUCUCUGGCAUGAAAGUGCCCUGGCUUUACGUUGGCAUGGUGUUCUCCGCUUUCUGCUGGCACAUUGAGGAUCAUUGGAGCUACUCCAUCAACUACCUGCACUGGGGCGAACCCAAAACCUGGUACGGAGUUCCCUCAGUAGCUGCCGAGCGACUAGAGGAGGUGAUGAAGAAAUUGACUCCAGAGUUAUUUGAAUAUCAGCCUGACCUCUUGCAUCAGUUGGUCACAAUCAUGAAUCCAAACAUCCUUAUGGCUCACGGCGUACCUGUUGUGCGGACCAACCAGUGCGCUGGUGAGUUUGUCAUCACCUUCCCCAGAGCCUACCACAGUGGCUUCAACCAGGGAUAUAAUUUUGCAGAAGCCGUCAACUUCUGUACUGCAGAUUGGCUUCCUGCCGGUCGUUCCUGCAUUGAGCACUACCGGCGUCUGCGGCGAUAUUGCGUCUUCUCUCAUGAAGAGCUCACCUGUAAAAUGGCAGCCAGCCCAGAGAAACUAGACCUCAAUCUUGCGGCAGCGACGCACAGGGAAAUGUUUAUAAUUGUCCAGGAGGAGCGAAAGCUGCGUAAGGCUCUGAUGGAAAGGGGCAUCAGCGAAGCGGAGCGGGAGGCCUUUGAGCUGUUACCUGAUGAUGAGAGACAGUGUGACAAAUGCAAGACGACUUGUUUCCUCUCGGCACUGGCUUGUUCAAACUGCCCUGAGCGUCUAGUGUGUCUCUAUCACACUCAGGAUUUGUGCAACUGCCCCACUGACAAACUCUACCUCAGGUAUCGAUAUACCCUGGAUGAGUUAUUGGCCAUGUUGCACCGCUUAAAGGUCCGCUCGGAGUCUUUCGAUUCGUGGGCCAACAAAGUAAAAGAGGCACUUGAGCAAGAGGAGGGAAACAAGAUCGGUAUUGAUUACUUGGAGGUGCUCAAGACCGAAGCAGCGGAAAAGAAGUUCCCUGACAAUGAACUUCUGCGUAAACUCAACACUGUUCUCAAAGACGUCGAGUACUGCCAACGGAAGAGCACAGAACUCCUCACUCACUCGACAGCCAGUGAUGAGAAAAUGACUUUGGUGGAGCUGAAAUCCUUGAUCGAGGCAAUGCAAAAUCUGCCCUGUGUGAUGACUCAACUGGACGAAGUGCAGGCGGUUCUGCAGACGGUGAGCGAGUACCAGAGGCGAGCUCAGGAGCUGGUCAACGAGCGCGACUGGAGGAGGAACGCUGCACCCACAGAGCUGCUGGAGUCCUUGCUGGAGCAGGGAACUAAGCUCCCUGUUGUGGUGCCGGAGUGUAACCUGCUCCAGGGCCUCCAGGAGCUGGGCCGCUGGCUGGCAGAGGUCAGGCACACCUUGGGCACGGAGGGGGACGAGAGGCCGGAGGUCACGUUGGCGGUGUUGAGGAAACUGAUCGAGGCGGGUUGCGACGUGCCUCAGAGCGCUUCCGUCGAUACCGCCAUGGCAGAACUGCAGGAGCUGCUCACGAUUGCGGAACGUUGGGAGGAGAAAGCGCAGAUCUGUCUUGAGCAAAGGCAAAAGCACCCUCUCUCAACACUGGAGGCGAUUGUUAAUGAGGCCCAGCUUAUCCCUGUCAAGUUGCCCAACAUUCAAGCUUUGCAGGGCUGCUUAAGCCGCGCACGUGCUUGGGUAACAGACCUGGAGGAAAUUCAGAAUGGGGAGCAUUAUCCAUGUCUGGAUGACCUGGAGGGGUUGGUGGCUGUUGGAAGGGACUUGCCCGUCGUCAUGGAGGAGCUGCGGCAGCUGGAAGUGCAGGUUGCCAGUGCUCACUCUUGGAGGGACAAGGCCAGCAAGACCUUCUUGAAGAAGACCAGUCAGCACAGUCUGCUCGAGGUGUUGUGUCCAUGCGCUAAAAGGAGACAUGACAAGACCGAGGACCUCGACGACUGCGAUACCAACACUCUGGGUCUCUCUGCUCAAGACCUCCGGGACCCUGCAGCUAUUGUCAUGGCGUUCAAAGAAGGGGAGCACCGGGAGAAGGAGGCCCUGCUGAGGUUACAGAAGGUCAACAUGGGGAAGACUGGACUUAAUUCGGGAGAGAGAACGGGGGCCACCCCAGCGCUACCUUUUCUCAGUCGGUGUGCGUGUGCGCCGGUCAGGCCGGGCACGCCGCAGUUGCGCUGCCACCUUUGCAAGGACUGGUUCCACGGCGGCUGCGUUUCCUUCCCCACGCUGCUUCCGCCUUGCGGACCGCCAAUUAACCCGCACUGCUGGUGGGACUGGGACUUGCGCUUUCUGUGUCCACGGUGCCAGCGGUCGCGGCGCCCCCGCCUGGAGACUAUCCUGGCGUUGCUCGUGGCCUUGCAGAGGCUCCCCGUGCGCCUGCCCGAGGGAGAGGCGCUGCAGUGUCUCACAGAGCGCGCCAUCACCUGGCAGGGUCGCGCCAAGGAGGCGCUGGAGACGCCCGAGCUGCAGCGGGCCCUUCAGACGCUGCAAGAACUGAAAGAAAGCCUCCGUUGUGACAAGGAGGAAGCAUGCGUGCAGAAGGAUGCAGACUCCAACUCGGUCAUUGUUUUAUCUGACUCGGAGGAAGGUGAAGGAGACGGUGGAAUCAUCGAUCUGACAGAAGAUUCACCCAAAAAGAAAUCCAAGGAGUCUAAUGGCAUUCAGGCUGCUCGUGAGAACGGCGUCAGCAAGAACUGCAGUGUUACCGAUGUGGGCGCUCUGCUGCCGCUGCUGCCUGAGCUCAAAGGUCAGGUGGUGCAACUUUCUUCAGCUACGCGGGAGCGACUGGAGGAGCUGCAGCUCGAGGGAGAUCUGCUGGAAGUCUCUCUGGACCAGACACACCUCAUCGGCCGAGUCUUGCAGGCCACCUCGGAUCCGCCCGUGGCAAUACUACGCACGCUCAUUCAGACUGAACUGGAAGAGCAGCGGCGAAGCAGUCGGACGAAGGAAUCCAAGAGGAAGCGAAAGAGCCACCGAGGAGGCGGCAGGGACGCAGAGGUCGGCGGUGCGACGCCGCUGGACGCGUCGGACUCCAAGAAAAGCUGCCCCUCCCCUCACGUAACUGCUCAGAUUCUGUGAGGGUGGACAUGGCAUCUGCCAAAGAAACUGCGGGGGCAGACUGAGGAAGGAAAUAAAAGGUGCGGGACGUCCAUGCCUCGGCCCCCCUCCCCCUUCUCCAAAACUUCUACACUCCCCCUUUCCACAAAUGGUCUAAAAGCUCCACGUUCCCUGGACCCGUUCUUCAGGAUUGUCGGCUCAUGUGGGACUUCCCGUGAUAGCAGUGUGUGCGGUCUAGGUAGAAUUGUUCCCCAGGUAAGUUGGUAUGCGUUGUUACCCCCACCACCGUGUUAAGUGGAAGCCCCCUCCCCCGUUCUUGAGCUCCUCGGGUAAGCUAUUUGGGUUUGUUUGGGUUUUUUUUUUUUUUUUUUUUUUUUUUUUUACGAAGCCACGAUACGACGCAGAUGUGCGGCGGAACCUCGAUGACUUAUUUUUUUAGUCGUACUGAAGCUUGUGUUCGCCGUUUUUUUGAGGGACGCAACAACAUUCGUAAGGAACUGACGACGUUUUGGGAAAUGUUCAGAACAGGCAUCGACGUUUUUGGUGCUACGUUCCCAAAAUGGACACUGUCUGACCCCAGAGCAGUGCUGUUAUCCUCUCAGUUCCUCCUCUUCUUUUUUUUUUUUUUUUUUUUUGGGCUCCCUCAUCUGCAAAAUAAGGUAACUUUACUGUAACUCACUUUAUUUCCCCGGUUCAAACAAUAUUAUUAUUAUUAUUAUUAUUGUUACAGAGACACUGUUAUCAUUUGUGCAUAAAGUUAUUUUAAUGUUGCCU